CAUCACCAUCACCAUCAGCACCAUCUCCAUGGCCACCACCUUCCUUGACAGUUAAUUCUUACCAUUAAAAAAAACACCCAAAAAGAAAAAAGAACAACCCAGAAAUUAUAUUAAAAAAAAAAGAAAGAAAAAAAAAUAUUUACUUUUGGCGUUGAACUGGUCCUUGGUCGUCGUCGACUUCUUCUUCUUCUCUUUAGCCGGGUCCCUCCCCCUCUUCGUCCACAAAGGUAUCUUGAAAACGCAGCUUUCAUUGAUCUGCCGGAGGAGGUAGCUUUCCCGGGUUGUUUUGGUUUUUGAGUCUGAAUUUGUUUUUCUCGCAAAGUGUUUUUCUGGUUCUUUUCUAAAUGUGGGGAAACGCUGGAGAGCCUGCUGAUUCGUACUAUGAGGUUCGGCCCGAGUGCACCGAUGUGCCCAAAACCAGAUUUAAAAUCAGUUUGUCAUCCCUGAUCUGGGUAAUGUGUUUUGAGAUAGUCCAUUUCCGAGAUAUGCAUAAUUUUCUUACUCUAAACCGAAUUCAACGUGGAGGCAUCCAUCCAUCAAUUAGAGGAGAAGUUUGGGAAUUCCUACUUGGUUGUUAUGAUUCCAAGAGUACAUUUGAUGAAAGAGAGCAAGUACGGCAACGUAGAAGGAUGCAAUAUGCAACAUGGAAGGAUGAGUGUCAGCAAAUGUUUCCUGUUGUUGGAAGUGGCAAAUUUAUUACUGCUCCUGUAAUCACUGAAGAUGGUCAACCCAUUCAAGAUCCUGUAGUACUUUUAGAAACAAAUCAAAAUCCAGGUGUAAACAAUUCCAAUGGUUCGGAAAUGGUGAAGGAGCUUACUAGUCGUGGACCUUUGGACAAGAAAAUAAUCCAGUGGAUGCUCACACUACAUCAAAUAGGACUUGACGUCAUCCGCACAGACAGGACACUGGUCUUCUAUGAGAAGCAGGAGAACUUGUCAAAAUUAUGGGAUAUUCUAGCAGUUUAUGCUUGGAUAGAUAAAGAUGUUGGCUAUUGUCAAGGAAUGAGCGAUUUAUGUUCUCCCAUGAUAAUUCUUCUUGAUGAUGAAGCUGAUGCAUUUUGGUGCUUUGAACGUUUGAUGCGUAGAUUGCGAGGAAACUUCAGAUGCACCGAGAGCUCUGUUGGCGUGGAAGCACAGCUUAGUAAUCUGGCCGAAAUUACUCAAGUUAUUGAUCCAAAACUUCAUCAGCAUUUAGAGACACUAGGAGGAGGUGACUAUCUAUUUGCUUUCCGAAUGCUAAUGGUUCUGUUCCGUCGAGAGUUCUCAUUUUGUGACUCAUUGUAUCUUUGGGAGAUGAUGUGGGCCCUGAAUACGACCUGAUUUGUUCUUCAUGUAUGAAGAGCUGAAUUGGCUAGUGACAAAGCUGAGGGAUCUAAAGGCAAGCCAAAGUCAAUACGCCAGUGUGGGAAGUUUGAGAGAGAAAAUAUGAAAAACGGAAAGAAUGCCGAAGCCCCUCUCCCCAUUUCUGUUUUCCUUGUUGCCAGUGUCUUGAAAGAUAAGAGCUCCAAGCUAAUGCAAGAAGCUAGAGGCCUGGAUGAUGUAGUUAAGAUAUUGAAUGACAUAACUGGAAAUUUAGAUGCAAAAAAAGCUUGCACUGGGGCAAUGAAACUUCACAAGAAGUAUUUGAAAAAGGUAUUAUCCUAA